GUCAGUGAGAAGGUUGGAGGGGCGGAAGGAACCAAGCUCGAUGAUGACUUCAAAGAAAUGGAAAAGAAGGUGGACGUCACCAGCAGAGCGGUGUUGGACAUCAUGACCAAAACUACAGAGUACCUACAACCGAAUCCAGCAUCCAGAGCCAAGCUGAGUAUGAUCAACACCAUGUCAAAGAUCCGUGGGCAGGAAAAGGGACCCGGGUACCCGCAGGCUGAGAGCGUCCUGGGAGACGCCAUGUUAAGGUUUGGACGGGAGUUAGGGGAGGAAUCCACCUUCGGUUUGGCGCUGAUCGAUGCCAGCGAGUCGAUGAAGGAGCUCGGGGAGGUGAAGGACGCUCUGGACAUGGAGGUCAAACAGAACUUCAUCGACCCGCUGCAGAACCUCCACGACAAAGACCUCAAAGAGAUACAGCACCACCUGAAGAAGAUGGAGGGCCGCCGUCUGGACUUCGACUACAAGAAGAAGCGCCAGGGGAAAGUCCAGGACGAUGAACUCAAACAGGCGCUGGAGAAGUUCGACGAGAGCAAAGAGAUCGCGGAGCAGAGCAUGUUCAACCUGCUGGAGAGCGACAUAGAACAGGUGAGCCAGCUGGCAGCGUUGGUUCAAGCUCAGUUGGAAUACCACAGCCGCUCUGCCGAAAUCCUCCAACAGCUCUCCAGUAAGGUGGAGGAAAGGAUAAAAGAAGUGUCCGCUAAACCGAGGAAGGAGUACGCUCCUAAACCCAGAAUGACCCUGGAGCUGCUGCCCCCCAUCGAGAGCCACAACGGCGGGAUAAACUCGGCCAAAUCGCCUGGAAGAUCACCAGCCCCCAUGGACCAGCCCUGUUGCCGAGCGCUCUACGACUUCGAAGCAGAGAACGAAGGCGAGCUAGGCUUCAAGGAGGGCGACGUCAUCACCCUGACCAAUCAGAUUGAUGACAACUGGUACGAGGGCAUGAUCAACGGCCAGUCGGGCUUCUUCCCCAUCAACUACGUGGAUAUCCUGGUGCCACUCCCUCAUUAGGAAUGCCGACAAUGACCCCUCGACCAAUCCAGACACCCCGGAGAAAACAGCCUGUAUUUGCAUAAACAACAAAAGCACGUCCUCCUUCUACUUCUUCUUCUUCUGUGCUUCUGUGCAAUUCUGCUUUCACAAAACCGGACUGAAAUGACGGAGACGGGGGCGGACGAGAUGAGGCGGUAGGACGGUGAUUCGAGAAGGAGAAGAAGAAGAAAGGGGGAUUUGAGGAUUUCCCCACGUUAAGAGAUGCAGAACAGAAGGAACGAGGGAUGAUCUUUUAUGGCACUCGCUCAGCCGGGCGGCACCGGAGACCCAAUGAGGCUUUGGUGACUUGAGGCGCGGUGUAUAUGUACGUGCAUGUUUGUGUCUGUAUGUGCAUUUCGACCUGUUCUUACUCUACUACGACCGAGCCAGCAUAAAGCUCUGCUUGUCCGUUAAACUGCCUGACAGCUGUUUUUAUACUGCUGUCUUCUUCUUCUCUUCUUAUGUUUCUUGCUGUACUUCUGACUUUUCUACCUUGACUUGCCUUCCUGUGCUUUUUCUUCAGCCCUAGAUCUCUCAGCACUGGUCACAGUCUUCCCCUCGUUCUGUCUUUUCUUUCCUUCCGUCCCUCCUCGGCUAGCACUGCCUCUCAGCACGGCUCCAUACUGUAUGCAGGCUUCUAACCCUACGAUCCAGAGCUGCAGUUGGUCACCUGCCCCGCUGCUGUUGUUUUGAGUAUAUCUCCUGUAACAUACUCAGCCUUUCUUUCUCAGAGUCUACAUAGAGUCUCAGCUCAGUGGCUGUAUGCAUGAACCAGCCAAAUCAGACAUUUGGGCGAUAAGACGCCCCGGGGGAAUUUGGUUUUCCAGAGCGCAUCUUUGGAUUAAAAGCCGUGUCUGCAAUAAGUUGAUUUUUACAGAAUGAAGAAGAACAUAAAGUGGUCGCCUAUUUAUCUUAUAAAUGGGGAUGUUUUUAAAGGUUUGAGGGUCAGGAAACUUCCUUCAACACGUCAAUAAACAUGUCAGCUCAAGAGAUUAAAAAGGAAAACUUGGUGUUUUACCAGGAAGCAGCGAUAUGCUAACACCACCAGCACAGGCCAGUUGUGUUGAACAGAACUUUUCGCCAGGUUGGUGAACAGAUAAGAGGGUUAUUACAGUGUGUGUAGAGGAAAUGAUGCUUGUUUUUUUCUCUGUGUACUAUUCUGACUUACCCAUUCACAGUGUUUUGUGUGUACUGUGUGGAGUAGAUGCUUGUUGACUCGUCCUAUUUGUGGCUUUUUGCAUGCAGGACCGUGUGAACAGUGGUAGCCGUUCUAAAAUUCCUGUUUUCCGUCCAAUGUCUUCGAUUACAUUUGGGAAGUGUGUCCUACAAUAAGAUGUUGUAUCAUUUAAAGGGACAGUUCACCCCCAAAAUCAAAACUAGAUGUUUUUCCUCUUACCUGUUGUGCUAUUUAUCAAUCUACAUUGUUUUGGUGUGAGUUGCUGAGUGUUGGAGAUAUCCGCCGUUGAGAUGUCUGGAUUGAUAAAUGGCACUGCAGAUAAGAGGAACAAUAUGUAGUUUUGUUUUUCUCACGUACUAUUUUUUAGCGUAGAAAAAAAGCAUGUUGGCGCGGAAUUUCGGAAGCAGCCAGAGUCUUCAAACCCAUCAAUACAAUGACCGUACCUGUGGCCCGGGGAACCUUCUAGAACCUUGAGACAAUGAUGUGGAAGCAUUUCAUUAUUCCGGAAUCUUGGCAGCGUUCUGAAACUCCCCUUUUAAAUUUAAGAAACUCUCAAACAUCGUAGAACAUUGGUUACAUUUUGAACAGUGUGAGAACAUCCAGAAGUGUUCUGAUAUGUUCUGAACCUUCUGGAACCCUCCAUACAUUGAAGCAUUAACACAAGAUUCAGAACCCUUCAAAUAUGCUGAUGGUGCAUAAAAUCCCAUUUGACUUUUCCAAACAGUAUCAUGUCAGUAAGCGGUCGGUAUUGGUGCUAACUGUUAGCCGUGCUAGUUCCCUGGAGUAUGCAUCACAUACAGUAUAAAGUGUGACUUGUUCUGUGGACUUAACUGUUACUCCACCACAGUUAUAUGUGUUCAGAAGUGUUAGCGCUAGCUCCAAGACAAGUUGACAGGGAGUUUCACAUACAAUGGACCAGCAAUGGAGGUGUUAAGAGAUCUGCUGUGUUGAUCUGUUUUUAUGUUUCUUUGGUCUGUUAAAGAGAAACGUAACGGUGAAGAACUAUGAUAUCCGUUGUAAUGGGCGUUCAAUGUGGUGCUGGGUUUAUAUUGAAAUAUAAUAAAACUGAAAUUUGAAUGGGUAUCAUAUUGGAUAUUCAACGUGUUUUGUUAAACUAAGAAGCUUAGGGUUUCUUCUUUCCAAGCGUUCUUUACUACGUCAUCAAACAUCGGCAGGAAUCUGUGCCAGAUGUGGAUAACCGGCUAGCCGUUCCCUUCACAUUCCAGUCCUUGCAGCGUUGAGCAGAAUACUUCAUAGUAUGUAGUGCCUGAAUAGUGAAUACCUCAUCAUAAAUUAAACAUAUUCUGUUAAAAAACAGAGAAAAGUUGCGUAUUCUGAAUACAUUUGGGAAGCAUCGGUUUAAAAGCAUGGCUUACACGCAAAACAUUUGUACUUUGCAUUAUUUUUGCCACAUUUUCUGUCUUUUCUUUACUACUUAAAAUUGUAAUAUAUGACAAUUAGUACUCGUCAUAUAUCACAAUAACUCAUUUCAGUUAGCAACAGCUUUACUGGCGUGAACUGGACCAAACUUUUUGUUGGAACCAAAAUCUAACUAGUAUCACAAAUGUGUAAUUAAGUGGACGAUUAUGACUAUUUUUAGAUGUUAAAACUUCCCUGAUUCAUACUCAGGAUGUUAACCAAAAUCUGCAUGAUGGAGAAAGUGUGCGCAAACCGGUCUGAAAAUAGCUCAUGAGUUGCUUGUUUCAAUCAUUUUUAACGUGAAGGUAUGAAGUAUCAAAGUAUUCUCAGAAUUUAUACAGUACCUUUUGGUGUUUUAAAAAUGUUCCAUGACAACAAGUCGACACAGCUCAUAAUAGCCAUUAAAUGGGUCGCGUAGUUGAUAGUAGUAAUAAUUUACCAGGUUUCCAGCAGAGAUUUUAUCUUUAUCUUUUCAUAAAAUGUUUGGUUAGAGGAUGGGAAAGUUUAAGUCCUUUUGAAAAGAUAUGAUGGUGUUUAUCGACACAAAUAAUAACAAUGAAUAAUAAGAAAUACUGCAUUUUAAACCAGAGACUCAGUAUAAUCUAUACAGUCAAUAACGAUUGAAUACUAAGGCAAUAAAUAACGAUUUAUCAAUAAAAUAUAGAAGGAAGAGGUGACUCUGAAGGAAAACUGUGGAUAUCAAUAACUGUAGAACUUGGACAUCUCUUCCAUUGCCAAAGCACAUUAAUUACAGCAACACUACAAUCAGAAACUAACUUUCUCUGUUUCUUUCACAAACCUGCUCGUCCUGUAACUGUUAACAGGUUGUUGGUGUUUCCUCUUGAUUUUAUUUGUUUUGUCUGUUUGUUCUGAUUGCGAAAAAAAACAGAUUUUCUGAAUCCACCUGUGGAAAAGUCUGUGAGCUGCAUGCAACCAAACGAGAUAUUUGUGCUGCUGGAGCCUAUGGUAACUCUUUUUUCUUACAAUCUUUUGACAUGCUUAUGCUAUAUAUUUGUAUGGCACUCCUCUCCAAAUUACAAAGUGCUUUAAGACUUUUCUCGCUGAGAAUUUUGUUGCUCUUGUCUUCUUUUAUUUGUGGUUUUUUUUGUGCUCAUUUGCCCUCUAAGGCGACAUGUAUUCUAACCUCAAUGAGGUACUUGUACAGUGUUGCGCUCCCAUAGUUUUUUUUUUCCUGUUCACCUAAAAUGAGAGUCGGACCUCGGCCGCGUCACCUGCCUCCGUUUCAUUAUCGAUGUCGCUCUCGAUUGUGAGAUCGGGCGGAGAACUCCCGAACCAAACCUGCAGAUUGAAGCUUCAGUUCUGCAGUCUGUCCUCAGCGGUAAAGCAGCUCUGAAAGCAUCGGAAAUCUCUUUUUGAGGAAGUUAAUUUAAAGCUAAAAAGGUACCUUUUUAAUUGUGAAAUUAAGAGAAAUCAGUCAAGAUGAGGGAUUAUGGAAUUUGGUUAUUUUAGAUUAAUCAAUAAACUAGUAAAUCACACACAAAAGGACCAACAUCUCUUGUCUACUAUUGCCUCCUUGAAUCAACAGUAUUAUUGUUAUUCGCUUUCUAACUGAAGACGAUUGCAACCACUCUUGUGUUGAAUAUGAAGCCAGUUAGCUUAGCUUAGCAUUGACUCUCUGCAAAGAAAGAAAUGAAAUGGUUGAAGUAAGAGUUCAAUAUUUGGGGAAAUAUUAACAUUAUUAUGAGCUUUCUUAGUAUGAGUUAUGUGAGAAGAUUGGAAACCACGAAGCCAGUUAGCUUAGCUUAGCAUAAAGACUGGAGACGGGAGGAAUCAGCUAGCCUGGGUCUGUCCAAUGCCUAAAGAAAUGACGGAACUUGUUGAAGGAAGAGUUUGACAUUUUGGGAAAUAUUAUUGUCAUUAGCUUUCUUGGUGAGAAUUAGAUAAGAAGAUUGAACCCACGUGUGUGUGUAGUAUGACGCUAGUUAGCCUAGCUUAGCAUUGACUCUCCAAAACACAAAGAACUUAAUAAAAUGGUUGAAGUAAGAGUUCGACAUCUUUGGAAAUAUUAACAUUAUUAUAAGUUCGACUUUGUUUGUAUUUUGCUCCACUUUUUUAGGCCCCUCCCACCAAGUCCUCAGUGAACCAAUGAGAUUACUCCUGCUCUCUGGGCUGCUUUGCCUUUAAAGAAACAAACUAGUCUGCAUUGUUGCAACGUGGCCUUGGUCUGGCCUACAUUGAACUGUAUGCCUUGUGGCUGUAUACAAUAGCCCCCAUGCCUAUGGAACCUGUCUUCUGGUGAGAUGUGUAUACGUGAAUAUAUACACACUUUGUUGCUAUUUAUUUAUUUAUGUAUGUAUGUAUGUAUGUAUUUAUUUAUUUAUUCCUGCGUCCUAUUCAUUGGUUCGGCACCUGUUGCGUAUUUGACGAUUGUCAAUACAUUAGUGUAUGAUGUGCAGGAGGGGAGGAUGGAGGAAUUUUUGGGUGUUUGUGUGUGUGGGGGGGAUUGCGUGGUCAAUGGAAAAAUCUAGCUGUGAUACUAACUUACUGUUGCUCUCCUCGUAUUGGACGAUGAUAUAAUCUAAGACCACCGUAUGUAUAACUGCUUGUCGUGAAGAUGAUCUACAAUGUAAUGACAAUAAAGAAUUAACACUAUGAUUAAA